UGCAAGGCAUGCGCUCACCUGCACACUUAUGUGACCUGCAAGAUCAAGCAGCUUGGCUAAAGAACCAUGGAGAUUGCGGAGCUGGUGGUGAUCGCGCUCCUGCUGCUGCUGCCGGCCGGGGAGGCGCAGGAGAGGCGCCCGUCGGAGGCGCACCCGCACGGGCUGCCGUUCGAGAGCCCGCUGGCGCUGUCGCCUGCGGCGUACGAGUUCUUCCACCCCAGCGAGCGCGUUUCCGGAGCGCCCGCGCUCUCUCCGCGCGUCGGGCAGCCCAGGGGGGCGGUGGUUGUGCCGGGCGCCGGCGCGUCGGCGGCGAGCGUGGCCAGAGCCGACCAGGCGGAAGGGGGCGUGGCGCCGGCGAGGAUGGCUCGACGCGGAAGCGCUGUUCGCUCCGGCGUGGUUGCAGGGGUGUUCGUCGGUGCCGCGGUGGUGGUUGUCGCGGCUCUGGGCCUGGCGUACGCCGUGGCGCGGCGCCGCGUGGGCGUGGCGCACGGUGACGCUGAGGCGGUGACCGCGCCGAAGUCGAUUGCUUGAUGGGCUCGUUAGGCCCGUACGGAUGAAUGUACUACUGUAGUAGGGGAUAAUGGUCGGAUAGUUUAUGGGUGGGCCUAGAGAGUUAGGCCAUGCAGGCGGGCUGCAUGUAAAUUAGGUGAGUUCUGUGGUUCGAGCCCAAGCUACGCAGGACAGGAUGCUGUUAUUUUUUUUUUCUUUUUUUUGAGAAGACAGGAUGCUGUUCUAGAAAUACAGCUACGCUCCCCUGAAAAUACUACUAAGUAGAAUGCUAUUGUGGGAAAUAGUAGCACGAUCGUGCUGUGAAGAAUCACGUAAUAUAAACCCCAGAUGAAGCUUUUGUUUCAA